AUGAGCAGACCUAUGACUCCAAUCUUUCCUAAAGCCAAAUGUACAACAGCUGAACCUGAAUCAACCAUAAAAACCCCUCCUUCUUUUGCAAAAAGAAAGUGAAUUAUCGACCCAUGCCCUCCUCCAUCAGACUCCAAUCUCUUUAAGACAAUCUGUUCGCAACUUUCGUCCUUUCUUUCAAGUAAUUCUUCCUCGAAUGAUGAACUGAUUCAAGAAAAGAUUUUGAAUAUAUACGAAGAAGUCAAAAAAAUAAGAAACUGACUCGAGGAAAAAUCCCAAAAAUCCGAUUGCAAAGAAAUUUCAAAAAUGAGCAUGGAAAAUGAAGAUUUGAGAGGGUACAUAUUAAGACUUAUUAUGAGGGGAAAUGAGGAUUUUAACUGUGAUCUAUUUCAAUUUGAUAAGAAUCCUGAUUAUGGGAUCUCUAUGUUCAAAUCAGAAAUUGAGAAAACUAUUCAAAAGUGGAUCAACAUUUCGAUCGAUAUUUAUUCUGAUAUUGAGUUGGAAAUGGCACUAAGGAAAUGCUAUGAAAAAAUGAUUAGGGUCUCUCAGCCAGAUUCCAGAAUUUUGUUUACAAAUUCUGAUGAUGAUACUCUCAAUAGAGCUGACAGCGAUAAUCUAUGCACGAGGUGUAAUCAGUUGCAAGCAGAUUUAGAUUACUUAGAAAUGCUCAAAAUAUCUGAUAUUGAAGAAAAUCAAGAAAAACUUAAGCAAAAAGAGAAAGAAAUAAAUAAUAUUAAAAAUGAGCUGGAAAACUAUAAAAAACUCUACGAUCCCAAAAUAGAAAAUGUGUGCUACCAUCACUUAUUAAAAAUCAGGACUGAUAUUGAAAAUCUCUUGGAUUGUGAUCUGCCUCAAAUAGACAAAGAUCUACAGAGCCAAGUCCCAGAGUUCUGACUCCAAGUCAGAAGAGUUGUAGGCGAAACGGCCAAAAAAGCUCGAACACGAGCCCGCUCAAGCACAAAAUCAGAAAGCGAAUUAAUUUUAUGUCGAGUUGACGACAUAAAAUCUUCCAUUACUCAAUUAGAAGAUAUUAUCGACUUAAUUAGUGAAGGAGGGACUGAGAAAGCAUAUAAGUUUAAUAUAGCUAACUUUCAAGUCUCUAUCAAAGUAAAAAAGCCAUCAGAAGUCUGGGACUGCCCUAAUGCUGACUUCGAUUUUUGCAGCUCUACUAUCCCAUUACCAAAAAACAAUGAAAGUGUUUCACAGCCUGCUUUCUUUUAUCAAACUGAAGUGAACACAGAAGGAGAAUUUGAUUCUUUUUGUGAAGAAUAUAGCUUACAGAUGAUGGAUAGGUCACGAUUGGAAACAGAAAACAUUGAAAGAAUUGCAGAGCAAAUGAGCAAGGAUGCGGAAUUUGCGAAGAUGAAAUUAUCAUUUGACCAGACCGGGCUGAGUUUUGAAGGACCCCUAAUGACUGAUAUGCAGGAAUCAAUUAAAAUCUAUAAAGAAAAAGAAGAGCUGGCAAGGCAUGAAAAUGAGUUUCUUAUUGCAAAUCAAAAAAUAUUAGACGAAAAUUUAAAACAAUGCAAUGGGGAGAUCCAGGAAUUAAAAAACGAAAAUAAAGAAUUAAGAGCUGCAAUUAAGUCUCUUCAGAAAUUAUUUCUUUCCUCACCUAGUAGUUCUGAGGAGCAAAAACCUUCAGGUUCUACAACGAAAGAUCUUGAAAUUUUAAAACUAUUAGGAGAGCUGAAAGAAAAAGAGCAUGAAAUAUCUGUAUGCUCUGAUAAGCAUCUAGUCCAUCAGCUUUGUAGAUCCAUAAACUCGAUCAAAACUAAGAUCUCUAACUCUCCACUCCCCCUCCGUGAGUGAACAAAAAAAUUUUUUGUUCACUCACGGAGGGGGGUUAAUUUUUUUUUUUAAAAAAUUUAUAUAUAAAAUUUUAUAGAAAUUUUUUUUUUCCAAAAUUUUAAAAUAAUCCUAAUUUGCAAAAAUUGGGGCCAAAUAUUAAUUUAAUUUAUAAAAUUUAUGUUUUAAAACGCAAUCCGUUCAAAAUUAAACAGAAUUAGCUUGAGAUCUCAUUAUACUAAUUAUCACUUAUAUAUCUUUUUUUUCAUAAAAAAUUUUUGUUCACUCACGGAGGGUGGGUUUUUGGGAAAAAAAUGGCGAUUUUUCUAAUGGUUUUGUUCACUCACGGAGGGGGGAGCAAGCUCAAAACAGAAAAAGCUAUCGAAAACAGCGCAUUGGCAACUGCAAAGUUAAAUAAGUCUUUAUAUAUAAUCGAAAAAGAAUGGAUCAACAAAGAAGAAAAGCUAAGAAUCAAGUCAAGGCUUUCUCGAAAUCCCAAGCAAUCCUGCACAUCUAGCUAUUUUAUGACCUCCCCAAGCUCCUCUUUUUGUUCAACACCUUCCAGAAGUAUAAGCCCAGUCUUUGAAACCUCAAGAAAAUUUUCUUUUAUUAGUAUAGGCUCAGUUUCUCGACAGAGAAGCCAAACUAUAAAGUCUUCAGAAGAAUUGGAGUAUUUGAGAAGGGAAUUUGAUAAUUGCUUGGUUGAAAAAUCGUUUUUAGAGUUCGAGCUGAAAAGAGUCAAGGAUGAGUCAAAAUUUGACGAAAAAAUGAACGAGAUUAAGGCAAAAGAAGAAGCUGCCUCGAUUUUGAUAGAAGAAAGGCUCCAACAAGAAAAAAUAAUGCAUGAGAAAUGGAUUGAAAUACAUAGGAGAGAAAAAGAUAUAGAAAUGCAAAAAGAGGAAAUUUAUGAGCUAAAAGGAAAAUUAUUGGUUAAGGAGGAGGAAAUAAAGAGCCUUGAAAAUAAGUUAAAAAUUAAAGAAGAAAGGCUGCAAAGAAAAGAAAAAGAAUUGGAGAUAAAGACUAUUAAAGGGAUGCAGGCUCAUAACUAUGGAGAAUCUCAUAAAAAUAUGGGGCAGAUUAUGGAAGAAAAUAGAAUUCUUAAGAAAAAACUUUAUGAUUUCAAGAAAGAAAAAGAAAUAACAAACUCAAAAAUUGCAAGCAUCGAAAAAGAUCUUGCUCAUUACUCUAAAAAGAAAUAUAGUGAACUACACUAACUGGCACGGGGUGCUUUUGGCUCAGUUUUCGAGCCAAAAGCACCCCGUGCCAGUCAGUGUAGUUAACUAUAUCAAAUUUCGGAAAUUGAAGAUCAAUUGAAUUCGAUAUCUCUUAAAUUUGGAAUUUAA